AUGACGAAUGAGCAAUUUAACAACAAAAUAAAGGAUACAAAAGGAUCAAAUAAUAUUAUUCAAUAUGAAUAUCAAAAUCGUCGAAGAUAUUUAUCAUUUCCACCAGAAGAUGAUUAUUAUUUAUAUCAAAAUAAUAACCAUGAAACACCAAUUGUAAAAACACCAGUUAUAAACUACAGUAUUCCAAUUGUUGAAAAACCACAAAAACAAUCUUCCACGUUUGAAAGUAUAUCAGCUGCCACAUUAUCUUCGCUGAUUCGAAAUAUUUCAUGGUUUCGAAAAAUUAUAAUAGUUGAUUGUAGAUAUCCAUUUGAAUAUUUUGGAGGCCAUAUCAAAGGUGCUAUUAAUAUUUAUACAUUCGAAGAUUUACAAAAAUAUUUUUAUGAUACUGGUGGAAUUCGAAGCACACUUCAGGGAUUAUUUCCAAUUUUUUAUUGUGAGUUCAGUCAAAUGCGAGGACCAACAAUGGCUAAAAAAUUGAGAACAAUGGAUAUUAAACAACACAAUCACAAAUUAUCAAAUAUCGAUUUUCCUGAGAUUUAUUUGUUGGAUAAAGGCUACAAGAAUUUUUGGUCGGAUUUGAGAAAUCGAGAUAUUUGUGAACCUUGUGCUUAUAUUUCAAUGCAUUCUCAACAAUAUCGACAUAUUCUUCGACAAUAUGAUCAACAUAAAAGAUCAAAAAGUGUUUGUAAUGAAAAAAGAACCAAGAAAAUUAUACAUUUACAUGUUUUUAGUGAAACACAAGUUGUCAAGGUAAUUAUUAUCAUUUUGUUUGCACUUUCACUUAAUUGUUUCUUUUUUUUUAGAAAAACGAGCUGGCUGAAAAUAAUCCACUGGAGGAUCGAAUUGCUAGAACACCUCGAACUCGACUAUCCUUUGAAUAA